AUGGGCUGCGUCGCCUCCGUGCUGUCGCGCAAUGUCACCAACCGACCCUCCGACCAACAGGAGCACAUCUCACAACCAACACCAAAUCAACAUGCCGAAGAGACCACUAGGGCGCCAAGGCGACGAACACCGCGCUUCCCAGACGUCCCUCUGAACGAGCACUACAAUCAGCCCAUUCGGUCGCGUGUAUGGCGAAGUAAGCGACGGACGUGGACGCGUGAGCAGCUGGAUCGCGAGAGGAUCGAAUUCUUCGAGACGCGUGUUACCGGUAGACCCGAGAUCUGGGCUGCCCUCUCGACGGUGGUUACGCUGGUUCGCAGCGGCGACUUGGUCCUCGCGCAGAGCAUAAUCGAUGCUGCGGGGAUUACGCUCCCCACCGGGGAUCUGUGCCAGGGUUGCUAUGAUGAGCACGGUGUGCUUUACAGGCUUCCGCAGUGCGUGGUUAAUGAUCCGGAAAAUAUGGUCACUUCUUCUGGGAGUGAGGACGAAAGUGGUGCUGUUUAUGGUGAGGAUGGGGCCGUUGCGCUUUCGGAUGAUAAGCUCGCCACAGAUGAUGGUUCUGGGGAUGAGUUGUUAUCCCAGGAUAUUGAGCGUUGUCGUGACGAGAAAGGGAAGACCAGUGAGCGGGACUUGAUCAGUGUUCUUGCUCGUUUGAGUGAUCGUGAAGGUCGGGAUAUCUUGAUUUCUACUGGAAAGAGCCAGAGCGUCGGCUUUCUGGCAAGGAAGGUGCAUCAGAAAGCUAAGCUCAAGAAUAAUGCGCGCGUACGAAUCGCUUAUCUGGGUCGCCUGCUGAAUGAGCAGAAACCGCUCCUUGACCAGGGCUGGCAGACUGGCCAUGUUAUCACUGCUUUGGUCGUGGUCCCUGCUGAUGAGGCUCAAGAUCAUGAGGAUUAA